CUCUUCAUUUCGAUUAUCAUUUUAAUGGAAAAGCCAUAGGCGAAGCCGGCAGUCGCUCUGAAAUGGAUUUAGUUUCCUCUUUUCCCUAUUACAACAAAGCGCCCUUUAUAUUGCGCAUGUUUCGAUAUCUAAUUACCGAUGAAAUAUUUCGAGAGGGUGUCCGCAAAUAUGUAAGCAGGCAGGCAUUUCAUUCAACGGCAACUUCUAACAAUUUUUGGACUGCUAUGGAAGAUGCUCUGGAUGAGAAACUAGAACCAGAAUACAUAUAUGAGCAUAAUAUUAAUUUAAGAGAUACAAUGAUUGGUUGGAUGAAACAAGAACAUUAUCCCGUAGUAUCGCUAAUACGAGACUAUCAUUUUGGCUGGGUUUCUGUAUGGCUAGAAAGCUACGUUCAAUCGGAAAUGCAGGAGUUGGGAAUUCCUUUGACUUUUACCUCGCAGACAUAUCCCAACUUUAACCGUACUUCGCUCCGCGAUGUCAAAUGGUUGAAAUAUAAAGGAAUAACUGAUUGGCCGAGAUUGAGUGGAUUCUCUAUGAAUCGCGAAGAGAAUGGUUGGAUAAUAGCCAAUUUGCAGCAAUCUGGAUACUAUCGUGUAAAUUACGAUUCCGAGAAUUGGAAUAGAAUUACGACUUAUCUGAAUUCUGAGGAGUAUACGAAAAUACACGUUCUCAAUCGUGCACAAAUCAUCGACGAUUCGUUCCAUCUUGCAAUACAAGAACAACAGAGUUUUUCCUUAUUCUGGAAUCUCACGAGAUAUCUGUCGCGGGAGACAGAUUACAUAGCAUGGUAUCCUAUGUUCAAAGCUCUCGAAUACAUGUCUAACAUCUUUCCAUUUCAAAAUAGAAUAGUCGACGAUAUCAAGAUUUCUCUAUAUAAAAUAUUGGGUGAUCUUCUUGCAAGAAUAGGAUAUCACAGACAGUUUAACGAAAACAUUUUCACUGAAUACUUAAGACAAGAGGCCACAAAAUGGGCAUGUACUCUCAAUUACCAAGAUUGUCUAAAAGAAGCCAAUAAUAAAUUGCAACAAUAUUUCAUACAUCCUGAAAGAAACAUCUUGUUUCCAUGGUGGAAGGAAUGGACAUACUGUGAAGGUUUGAAACUAACAGAUCGUUAUACUUGGUGGAGUCUAGUUCAUACACUGUUAGAAAAAGAUUCAUAUAUACAAAAAACUAAUAAAACUUUGGAAAUGUUGGCUUGCCCUCAAGAUUUAAAUAUUAUUAAGGAAUAUCUUAAACUUAUAACAUUCAAUAUAAAGAAUCCAAAUCUUCUAAAGAUAGAACAAUUUGAGAAUAUUCAUAUUUUUCAUUCUAUUGUUGCAAAGCACUCUAACGACUUUGGUAUACUUGAACACAUAUUUUCGAAUUUUUUCGGUAUAAAACCCAGCAAAGUUAGUACAAUUGCAGCGUUAAUUGAUAUUAUUAACCAUGUGUAUUCUGAAGAACAACUUAAAAAGGUGAGCCAAUUGAUAGAUAGGAUAUCUUUAAUAGAAGAGGAAUCUAAUAUAGAAGGAUCACUAAGUUCGUAUAUUGAAUACAAGGUCAACUUACGAUCGUCUCAAAUAGAGAAACAAGCAACCUUUCUUCAGCUUUUAAAACCUGCAGAAGAUGUAAUGUAUAUACGACGUUGAAAAAAAGGGUUGAUCACGAUAGAAGA